AUGACGGUUUUCUCCGGCAGACAAAUCGUUCCGAUGAAUUACGAGACAGAGGCAUCACAGCGGCUUCUGGAUGCUAUCAUAAACGGCGAUAUCAGAACGGCGUCGGAUUACGUCUCCGAUCCGCUCGUCGACGUUAAUUUCGUCGGCGCCGUCAGCUUAAAGACGAGGAGGAGCGAGGUCGUGCUCCGUGACGAGUCCGCCAGCGAAAUCCGAGUGGAGUACGAGGAGUUCAAAACUGAUGUAACCGCCCUGUUCCUCGCCGUUAAUUUCGGAAACGUAGCUCUCGUGAAGAAGUUACUCAACGUUGGAGCUGAUGUGAACCAGAAGCUCGUUAGAGGAUUUGCAACUACUGUAGCUGUAAGGGAAGGUCAUUUCGAGGUACUUGAGAUUCUACUCAAAGCCGGUGCUUCUCAGCCCGCUUGUGAGGAAGCUCUAGUAGGAGCGAGCUGUCACGGACGCUCGAGGUUCGCGGAGCUGCUCAUGGGAACUGAUCUUAUUCGUCCUCAGGUCGCAGUGCACGCUCUAGCCACUGCUUGUUGCAAAGGCUUUGUGAAAGUUGUAGAGACCUUGCUCAGAUGCGGAGUAAAUGCUAAUUCAACCGAUAGGCUUCUGCUCCAAUCUUCAAAACCUUCUCUCUACACAAAUGUGGACUGUACAGCUCUUGUUGCUGCCAUUGUCCAUAGGCAGGUCUCGGUCGUCCGCUUGCUACUGCAGGCUGGUGUGAAGACAGAUAUCAUGGUGAGGCUUGGAGCAUGGUCAUGGGACACUAACACUGGAGAAGAGUUUCGUGUGGGAGCUGGAGUAGCUGAGCCGUACCCUCUAACCUGGUGUGCUGUAGAAUACUUUGAAACCAGUGGCGACAUUUUGCGUCUGCUGCUCAAAGUCCAAUCUCCAAACACUCCUCACAACAGUCGGACUAUGCUCCACCAUGCCGUCCUCUGCGGUAACCAGGCAGCUGUCAGAGUCCUCCUCAACUGUGGAGCUGAUCCUGAAACUCCUAUUAAGACUUCACGAGGCACUGAAUUCCGACCAAUUCAUAUUGCUGCACGUUGUGGAUCAGUGGAGAUUGUACAACAACUCGUUGGCUUUGGCUGCGAUAUUAACUCAAAGACUGAUGCUGGGGACACGGCUCUGCUGAUCUCAGCAAUACACAAACAUACAGCAUUGGUAAAGGUUCUUGUCCUCGCUGGUGCUGAUUUCGGCUUAGUGAACAAGUUUGGCCACUCUGUUCUCUCGAUCGCUGGAUCAAACAAGUGGUCUCUCGGAUUACAACGAGUGAUUCUUGAACUGAUCCGGUUCGGAUGUGUUCCACAUUCAAGCAACGCUUCGAUUUUCUCGCCUUUGCUUUACGUGGCUCAAGCAGGAGACGCCGAGGCGCUUAAAUCUCUUGUGAGAGCUCAAGAAACCUUCCUAGACUAUCAAGACGAGGAUGGCUUCUCAGCUGCAAUGCUAGCGGCCAUGAAUGGCCACGUCGAAGUGUUUAGAGUCUUGGUCUACGCAGGGGCAGACGUGAAGCUAAUCAACAAAUGCGGCGACACAGUGGUUUCUCUGUCGGAGAAGAACGGUAACCGGGACAUGAUCGAGAAGGUGAUGCUCGAGUUUGCUCUGGAGAAGGACAACAGGAACAUGGCUGGCUUCUACGCUCUACACUGCGCUGCAAGGCGUGGAGACGUGGAAGCGGUGAAGCUUCUGAGUGGGAAAGGAUACGGUCUGGACACACCGGAUGGAGACGGCUACACUCCGCUGAUGCUUGCGGCCAUAGAAGGCCAUGGAUAUAUGUGCGCUUUCCUAAUCUCCCGCGGCGCAAACUGCAAUGCUAAGAACGGAGGAGGGAUGAUGCUGGUGGAUAUGGCGGUUGGUGAUGCGGAGGAGGUGAUCCGCAACGAGUUGUCUCGGAGGUUUGUGGUAAAGGGGAGCAGUGUGAUGAAAUACACCAAGGGAGGGAAAGGGAAGAAGCAUGGGAAGGGAUUGAGAAUGUUGGAAUCAAGUGGAGUACUAAGUUGGGGGAAGUCAAGGAAGAGAAACGUGGUGUGCAAGGAAGUAGAGAUUGGAAUGAGUCAGCGGUUCAUGAGGAACCGGAAGGGGAAAGGCGAUGCAGCGCAGGAGGAAGAAGGGGUUUUCAGGGUAGUGACUACAGAGAACAAAGAAGUUCAUUUUGUGUGUGAAGGUGGAUUGGUGGCUGCAGAGAUGUGGGUGAGAGGAAUAAGACUUGUGACCAGGGAGACUAUUUGUGGGCGAACUCAGAAUUAG